UGAGCGGGGAGCAUUCUCGCUGGCAGUCUGGGCCACCGGCAGUUGGAGCCGCGGCAGAGCAGCCAGACUCCUGGAAAGAGCUCGCCGCCGUCCCCGGAGCCGCCCGCGGAGGCCAGCUUGGCGGUGCUGCCCCGCGGCGGGAGAGGGAGGCUGCAGAGCGGGAGGCGGCGAGCGAGCGCGGCAGGCGACCAGCCCGCGGCGCAGCCAGGGAGCCACGCCGAGCUCCGCGCCCACACGCACGCACGGUCCGCUGCGCGCGCCUUUCCCUGCCUCUGGGCGCCCGGCCUCCACGCCCUCCCCGCCCCCUGGCCCGGGCUGCAGCGGCGCGGCAGAGGAGCGGCAUGGAUCUGCGGCGCUGCGUGCAGGCGCUCCUGCUGCUCUGGCUCUCCCUGACGGCGGUGUGUGGAGGGCCCCUGCUGCAGCCUUCUGAUGGCACAUGGCUGGAGGAGGGCAGCGUCCACCACCUGAUGCAGCCCAAAGGGUCGAGAAACAGACCAGGGCCCUGGCAGGGCGGUCGGAGGAAAUUUCGCCGCCAGCGGCCGCGCCUCUCCCACAAGAGCCCCAUGCCUUUCUGAAGCAGGACUGACGGGGCUCCUGAGUGCCCACCCCCUGCGACUCUGGCUACUCCAUAGAUCCGUCUGCUUCUCUGGAGCCCUCACUUCCAUUUGCCUCUCUUCUCGCACCUGUCCCCGCUGCUGAUGGUCCCGGCUCUUCUCACCCACCGGCUUCUCCAAAUGGCGUGGUCCUGCCCCUAGUUUGGAUGAUUUUCUCUCUCUCCCACAGAUCCAUUCAGCCCCUCUUCCUGGCCCUUCCCUGGACUGACUUUGGAGACCCAGCACUGGAAGGCUGGACUUCUCCCUGGUCCUCCCCUUCCUCUAGUUCCCACUUCUCCUGUCCAGCAGCCCAAGCUUGGCCCAGCCCUUCCUUCCUCACAGGUGCCCUGGGGGUUAGGGGGGAAACACUCCCUACUUCAGUGGGCUCCAGCCGGUCCCAGGCUUUUGAGUCAGAUGGACCCUUCACCCGGGUGGCAAGGAGGUGCUGGUUAGAGGGGCUGGGGCAUUGAUUGGGAUGCAUUGAUUGGGAUUGAUUCCAAUGCCUUGGGGGGCAUUGGAAUGGGGCUCGGUCCUCUGGCAAAGGGGAGCGGGGAAGCAUUGGAGAAGAGGAGGAAUAGCUGCUGUGGCCUUUUCCUCAUGCCAUGUUUAGCUUAAGGAAAAGGCAAAGAAGAGGGGCUGUGAAGUACUUUGUCACCUUUCUGUGUCUCCUAACACUGCCCUCCACCUCGCCCCCCAACUCGCAACCCCCCACCACCCUCCCUCCCUUGGCCGCUAGUUCAAGCUCUCGCUCAGGAGAUGGCUCUAUACCCUCCUAGGAGCAACAGCCAAGCAGGAGGAGUGUUUUUUUUGCCAAGAAUCACAGAAUGUCAGAGCCAAAAGGAACCUUGGUGAUCACUUAGCUCCGCCUUCUUAUGCAAACUCCUGCACAAACAGUCCUGGAGAGGGACAGUGACCUAUUCCGGGUCACUACAGAGCCAGAAUGAGGACCCAGGUCUCCCUGCUCGCACUUGAUGAUGUCCUCUUCCCUCUUGAUGAUAUCUUUUCAAAACACAUGAAGUGCCUUUCCUGCAGUUGGGGCUGGGGGAGUCAGAGAAGGGAGGAGCAGGCCAGCUGUGAGCUGCCCUGUGGUGGUGUGGGGACCCAGCUGCACCUGCCUCCCUGGCCUGCCCCUGCUGGUCCAUUCCCCAACCUAGGCUGAAAAGGUCCAUCCCUGGCCAGCUGCCCCUAUUCCUGUAGCACUUCCAGACCCCAGGUAUUCUCACAGGGGCAGCUAAAGUACUGAGGCUCCCACUCCACCCCCAACGCUGGUUUUCGGGAGCCGGAACGUAGCCUUAAGUAAUUGGACUCAUUAGCCUUCCCUUCGUGUUGACUGGACCUUCUUUCCCAGGAACCUUUCCUUAGGGGAGGGGCAAGGGGGAGAAGAAGGAAGGGAGGGAAAGAAGGAGAGAAGGAAGGAAGGAAGGGAAGAUGGGAGGAAGUACAGGUCUGAGCAGGCUUCCUUCUCAGAGGCCUCCCAGGAGCGAGGAAAGAGGAGACAAGAGCCUGAUGGCCCACCUAUGUAUGUGUGGGAACGGGGGAGUCAGGGCCCUCCGAGUCCCACAAUAACCCCAACGUUACCUAACCCCCUCUCCCCCUCACUUCUGCUGCUGCUAAUGUUGCUGCUGCUGCUGCUGCUUCAAGGCCCCCCCUGAGGAACCGGGUUGGGCACCCGCUUCCCCCGCACCCCUCGGGCUGGGCGUGGGGGCUGGCCAGGGUCCAGAAAGCCUCUUCUGCCACUGAUGCCCCCACCAGGGAUUGGGCCUUCUUUCCCCUCCUCCUCUCUGCGUCUUCUGCCUCGUCAGCUGCCCAGCCGGCUCCAUGGGGUGGGGGGGGGAGCUGGUAAAGUCCAGAGACACAGGACAGAAGAGAGCAGUGGGAGGCUGGGGGCCUGUCUUAUUUAAAAUGGUUGUGUAUGAUUCUUAUACUAAUUUAUACAAAGAUAUUAAGGCCCUUUUCAUUAAGAAAUUGUCCCCUUCCCAUAAUUGUGUUCACUGUGUUUGUAAAGAUUGUUCUGUGUAAAUAUGUCUUUAUAAUAAAGAGUUAAAAGCUGGCAAUUCACCCUUACUCUUGGAGGUCAUGUUCAGGAGGGACAUUCCUGUCCCCUGAGGUCUGUGGUUGUCCCCUUGCCCACAUAUUGCACUCGCACGGAGGUAAGUACCUGCAUCCCAAAUCGAUUCCAGGUCAAAUGGCCUCGAACCAAUUUGCCACAAACUCACAAAAGGAACCUCUGUGCUAAAUGACCGGUUCUC